UCCAAACAUUGGAGGAGCAAGCGAUUCAUACCAAAAUUCUUCUAAGUCCUCACCUGCAAGACAUGAUCAACGCAGCAAAGAACUUGACUCUUACUCAYAAUGAAGCGUUUAUCGACGGUUCGGUCUGUUUUGCUGAUAGCCUCAUCCAYGUWGAAGGAGGCACUGAUCACCACMGGGUGCAACUCUUAGAAGCUGCAUAUAACAUACAGAAAAAACUCAACCUCAAGAGCCUCUGUGCCUGUCGCUUGCUKGGCGAUCUCGGGUAUACUUACAGAGAGGCAGGAAGGCUAGACGACGUGAUUCCAGUCUUAGAAGAAGCUAUCAUCAUCGCUGAGCAACAUGAAGGAUUGGAAUGGAUGAAACAGAGGUCGAAAAUUCUCAACAUACUUGGCUGGACGUAUCGCGAGAUGUACCAGCUUGACCUAGCCUCUGCAUACAUGUUAAUGUCCGUCGAUGUCACCAAACAGGCGUACGGAGACCAGCACGACGAAGUCAUUGAACGUCUCUGUAACUACGGUAUUAUCUUGAACGACUCCUGGAAGAAUUUAGAGGCCAUUGAAGUCAUGGAAGAGGCUCAAAGAAUUGUGGAAGCUUUGGGAACUGAUAAAUCUGUAGUUCGUGCUCAGGUUGCGAACUACACAGCCAAGAUCUACCUUCGGGCGUUUCUUGGAGUGUACUAUUCAGAAGGGCUGACAAAAGAAGCCAGAGAUCUUCUCGCCMAAUCUAAAACUCUCCAUGAAAAAGCUCUUGAUAUUUACGAACACCUUCAUGGAAAAGAACACAARUUUUACCUCGGAACUGCCAUGACAUAUGCCACUGUCCUUUGCCAUGUUGGACAAGCAGAUAUCGGGCAAGCGUUCUGUGAAGAAGCCGUCAGAGUAUAUCGUUCUUCAGGCCACUUUGCCUGGCCCCGAGUGGCAACAAUUUUAGCUGAUAUCUACCUGGUAAAAGGCAUGUUUAGUGAUGCAAAAAGGCUUCUCGAAGAGGCCAUUCAAGGACUGAAUGAAUUUGGUGUCGACAAGAGAAAUCCACGAAUAUGGCUUCCWCAUGCUCGACUCGCUGAAGCUCUUAUUAACACUGGAGAGCCAGAGCGAGGAAUUGCUUUGUUGAAACAAUGUCUAAAUGGAUGGAAUGACUUACAUCCAGAGCACUACUGGGUUGUGAGAGCGCGAAAAAUCUUGGAAAAUGUUCCCAGCUUCUGAGCUUUUUUAUACGUACGUGAAACAGUGCUUCGUUUGCACUUCCCAAUUUUCGGGAUUUUGUGCAAUUUCUUACACAAUGUUUCACGGAUACAGUAAUCCAUUGAACGCUGUGCAUUUGUAAAGACAUUAAGACAACAGCAAAGUCUUUUAGAUAUAUCAUAACUUUAAUGGUUUUGAAAGAAUAAUUCAACUUUAAGCUGCAAAACGUCACUGAAAUGUCAACUGCAUUUGAUUUUGUUUAUCUGGAGUUUUACAUUGGAAAACGUUCUAGGAGUAUUAAUUUUUUUUUGGAAAAUGGUUUUGUUGUUGUCUUUACAACUGAACAACGUAGAUGUGAUUGACUGUAUAUUGAAUUCACUUUAUUGUUAUUCAAAUUAUGUGUUGCUAGAAGUACGGUAUAUUAUUUUUGGAUAACUUAGUGUUAAUUUAGUGUUAUUUAUUAUAAAKAUUAUAUAUUGAUGUUAUAUAGUAUAGUAUAAUAUUUUUUUUGAUAAUUUAACUAUUAUUUAAAUUAUAGAUGUUCUAACAUAUUUUAUGUGCUAGCAGUCAUAUAAUGUUUCUUUGCAUUUGAGAAACUGAAAAUCUUAAUUAAAUUAAAAGAAAAAUAUUUAGCAAAAGAAAASCUCAAGAACUUUUCACCAUCAGAGUGUUUUCGUYUGAGAAUAUACGAAAUUUUUGUAAUACAUGSCAACUUCCGAWCCAUUUACAAGGUUUUAGCUUUCGAACGAGCGUCGCUUUUGAACGAAUUGAUUAUUCGACAGCGUAUAUAGAAUGAAGAUGCUGAAACUUUUUAACUGUGAUAUAAUCAACACUUAGACCUCGAGGUCGAUCGAGUGGACUACGAGCUAAUAGCCCAUGAGGCCA